AAUGCCACCGAACGAAUCGACUUGCAGAACGUGCAAAGCAUGGGCAACGUCUCGGAGGUCAAAGUUCAUAAAUCUGCUCUUCUAAAACCUGAUGACGGCGGUGUAGAAGGCAAGAGGUCCGUUUCAAUGACAGGCAGUGCAGAUGGGGUUGACCUCAACCUUAGUGUUGACCACUCUCUGCACCAGAACAACAGUACCGGCGUACAAAACACGCGAAGAGAUCGUCAGGGGAUGGUGCAAAUCUCCAACAACGACUACAGCACGAUGGAGGAGGGUGACGAAAGUGGACCGCCCUCUCAGUCGAGACUGACCGUUGUCGCUGGCAGCAGCAGCAUGCAGGUCAAACCAACGACGACCAGCAGCCAGUCUUUGGCGCGUGAGAGGAAGCUUUUCCUGACCCUGACCUACAUCAUCGUGGCCUUCCUCAUCUGCUGGAUGCCCUUCCACGUGUCCUUCGACAUCAUUGCGGUUGACCCCGACCUGGUUCCCAGCAGCUUCUACGCGGUGACCUACUGGCUGGCAUACAUAAACUCGGCCGCCAAUCCUUUCUUGUAUCAUUCCAGCAGCCCUGAGUUUCGCAAGGCAUUCGCCAGACUUUGUGGCCGCUAGAGGGCGACAGUGCACAGCGCGUGUUCAAGCGCAGGAAUCAACUUUUAGACACGUUGGUUUUCUUUGAAUUUGCUUAAAACUUGCCAAUGAACUCUAGCCACUGUCCCUCAAAGGAUUUUUUCGCUCACAGCGAAAAUUGAGGUUGUAAACAUUUUAUUGGAGUCUCGUGAUCUCAGAGCCACGUGAUGAUUCGAAUGUCUACACGUUGCCCGUUAACAUUGCCUUCAAAUCCCUCCAGAAGAAAAAUGCGACGAAUGUUAUUCCUUUUUUUUUAAUUUUUAAUGUUCUAUGAUCUCAGGGUUUAGCGUGCUUCUGUUUUAUUAAUCAUGGCUUAAAGUCGUGUUUAGAGAGUUUUCUUGAAAAAAAUCUGACAUAUGAUUCUGUGUUCUGGAAGCACCUCAAUUUUGCUGAUGUGAAGUGUUGAAAUGUCUACAAAAUUUGACCAUCCUUCCUUGUAAAAAAAAAUAUCUAGCCAUGUUUCUGCACAAGUCGAUGAUUCCCUCACCAAAACUUUCUUUUUCCAAAGUUUCUCUCUUUCCUAAUCAUCAUUGCUUUCUGAGGAUAAUGCCACAUUUGACAGAGCUUCUGCAGUUUUACUGAUGUCAUCUUUUGCUUGAUAUUGAGGCUAAUCAUUAUCGGAGAACAAGUCGAGCUUGGUGUGUCAUCCCAAUUGCUCUCAGCAUGAAACAAUUUCAUCAUUUAUCGUUCAUUUCUUCUAAAACUCACGGAGAUUUGCUUGUUUUUCGAAGGUUGGAUGGAGUAAAGAUUCUCUGUAAAGACGAUUAAAUUCCCUCCAAAACUUUGUUUAACUAAGGCAAUGUACAGCAGCGGGGAUUUUUGUGAGGGAGUUAUGGGUGGCUGGGUCAUUCCCGUAUUUUGAAAAGCACAUUUAAUUGAAGAAAGGAUAAACGAGAUU